CACCCCCGCCCCCCCCACAACCCGCCCGGCCGACGGCAGCCGGGCCCGCUCGCAGGGCGCCCGCCCAUGGCUGACAGGAGCCUGAUCGAGGGCGCCGAGCCCUUCCCGCGCCGGGAGGAGGCUCCGGAGUGGGGCUACGAGGAAGGAGUGGAGUGGGGGCUGAUUUUUCCUGAUGCUAACGGAGAGUACCAGUCGCCUAUUAACUUGAACUCGAGAGAAGCUAAAUAUGACCCCUCGCUCCUGGAGGUGCGUUUGUCGCCAAACUACGUAGUGUGUCGUGACUGCGAAGUGAUCAACGACGGGCAUUCAAUUCAGAUUGCCCUGAAGUCAAAAUCAGUGCUAAUAGGGGGGCCAUUACCUCGAGGACAUGAGUUUGAACUACAUGAUGUUCGAUUUCACUGGGGGAGAGAAAACCAGCGUGGUUCUGAACACACGGUUAAUUUUAAGGCCUUUCCCAUGGAGCUUCAUCUAAUGCACUGGAACUCCACACUGUACAGCAGCAUUGAUGAGGCAGUAGGGAAGAAGCACGGCAUAGCUAUUAUUGCUUUGUUUGUGCAGAUAGGAAAAGAGCAUGUAGGCCUAAAGGCUGUAACUGAAAUUCUCCAGGACAUCCAGUACAAGGGAAAGUCCAAAACAAUACCCUGUUUUAAUCCCAACUCUUUAUUGCCAGAUCCUCUACUGCGUGACUACUGGGUGUAUGAGGGCUCUCUAACCAUUCCACCCUGCAGUGAAGGUGUCACCUGGAUAUUAUUUCGCUAUCCUUUGACUGUGUCCCAAGUGCAGAUAGAGGAAUUUCGUAGGCUGAGGACACAUGUUAAAGGUGCUGAACUUUUAGAGGGCUGUGAUGGAAUCCUAGGAGAUAACUUCAGACCAACUCAGCCACUUAGCGAUAGAGUCAUCAGGGCUGCAUUUCAGUAGCAGAAGAGAAGGAACAACAGAAAUAAAUCUUUAUUCAGAGAGGGGGAAGACAAUGCUCCCACAGUGCCCUCGAAUGAGAAAUGGAAACUUUUGAGGCUGCUGCUUCAGUUGAACCACAAAGCCUGUAUUGUUCAUCUUCAUCUAAUUCAGCCUUGAUAGACAGCUGUGACAGUUGGUCUGUCCGCAUGGUCCAGUGAAAUUCUGGGAAUGGGGCUGUACAUUAAAAGAAGAAAACACAUUAAAUCUUCCAAUUCACGCUGUUAACUAUUUUUAAAUGGUUAUUUUCAUUGCUUAUAUAGUUUCUUUGCUAUAGCAUUCAAUAGUCAUCUGUGAUCCAAAUAGUACUAAUUUUAAGCUUGGUAUGAAUGUUAAUAUGUAGAAAUACUCAUUAUUGUUUUGAAUGUUAGAUUUAAUUUUAUUCUGUAUCAUCUCUUGUGCUGCCAGUAACCAUUUUUUUCUGUAGAAGGGAGGUGCGUUCUGUAAAGCUAAUAAAAACAUUGUUUGUUCACAGAGAGUAUUAUACAAAUUCAGAAUUAAUUUUUGGGCAGAAAGGACCACUUCUAUGCCAAAGCUGUGCACUUAACAUGGUUUAUCUGAAUAAAGCUGAAUGACAGUUGCAUUACUAGGAAUCUUGCUGAAAUAAAGGACAAUUUUGAAAUAAGGAAAAUUAACUGGUAUAACAAUAAACAGAAUCAUCUGGAUUAUUUUCUACUUGGCGAGUCAUGGAACUUUGCAAAGAAAUGUUCAAUUCAGGCAGAAAAUGAUCAGCCUUUGUUCUCCUGUGAAUUACGACAAUUCCGUUUGUUCUGUACAUUGCUGAGGAUGGUGGCCUGGAGACCUGCUCUGCAUGUCCUGGGCUCACUGCACAGCAUGGGGAUCGCCAUGCUGGGCCACACAUGACACAUCUGACAGAACAGCAAAGGGAACGGUAGUCUAAGCCAGCUAGUCAAACUCAUAGCUUCUGAUUCCUGCAAAACACCAAAAUCUGAAGGUCAGAGUCAAUAUUGUGGUGGGCAAUAGCUUUGAUCAUCAUAGCUGUCAGUGAGGUCCACUUUACUAGCAUGAGGAGGGCAGGUUUAUGCAGAGACCUAUGUGAGUGGAGGAACGCUGGAGGCACAGAUGGCAAGCUCCAGGCCAGGGCACAAUGGACAUGCAAACUGAGGGUCACAAAGGGGAGGUUACUCCCCUGGAGCGGAUCGGUGAGUCAUCAAUCACAAAGUCAUCACCAGGCAGUGGUAAAUGCAGUGUCAGAAGGCAUGCUUAAUCCACCUCGUCAACAGUUAUGGGGAGAGCUGCUGCUGAAUAAUGAGUUACGAAUUCUCCAAGUCAUUUAUGUGUAUAUUAGGGACAGCAGAAACAAUAGGAGAAACCCCCCCACCACAUGUGAGCUGGGUGAGGGGGAGUCGAUACUGCUGACUACUUCAUGCGUUCAUAACUGUGUGUACUGCAGAAACACGUGCUUCCUUUGGAGAGACACAGAGCUGCCCUUGACAGCAUGCAUUGCAAUAAAUGCACAGAAAACGUACAGCAAGCAGCCCACCAUGAAGUCAUCUGUUUAUUUUGGGCUUAGGAGAGCAGCAAUUGGCAAAUUACUCCUUGGGCCUAUAGAAACUUGUAUUUCUUAGGGUUACAUUUAAGCAAGUCCCUCUCCACCUUCCACCCAAAUUUAAUGAAGUAUAACCCCGUUAUCUAGUCAAGGGGUUCAAGAUUUCAGUGCCAGUCAAAAACACGCUUUCCAUCUGCAAUGUCCCCAGCACUUCCAUAAUGUCCAUGUAGCAGCUUCACUGGCUGCUGUCCCUCUUCCUUCAGCAAUGACCCCCCCCAAGCAGCUGCAGCCAGAACCCAAUCCCAGCGUGUUGGUGGUCACCAGAGCCUGGGCUCCCACCCCUCCACAUCUUGCCAUAGGGCAGGGAGGAGUCUCUGCAUGAAGUCUGCUGCAAUGGCCUGCAAUGGCUAGGCUGGACUGUCCGUGGUUUUUGACAGGAGCCUGAUAAAUUGUCCUAGUUGUCAGGUUUGGUCCUAAAAUCUUGAAAAAAACCCCCCAAACAAAGCCCCGUGAGGUGGAAGUCAAAUGGUUUCUGCCAGUUGAAGACCUAUUCCUAUCUCCUUGUACCCAGUGAUGAAGGAACCCUCCAAAAGCGGAGUGAACCACGUUCCAAACUUGGCAAUUCCCAGGUUCUAUGCACAGCUCAUUUGGAAGAUCAUUUCCUUUUGCACACAACAUGUUAUUAGCUACUGAGUGUUAACUGACAGGAACUGUAGUAUUAAUAUGGCAAAUAUUGACAUUAUGAUGAAAUCUGAACUAGAUUUAUUCUCUAAAUAAACAUGUUCCUUAUCUUGGA